GAAGAAUAUGCCACACACGUCACAAUCAGGAAGUUUUGAUCUAGUCAGGUGUCGCGUUGCGUUGCGUUUAUAUGAUCAUAUGCACCUGCAAAAGAUUUGAAGUAUACCGCACUUGAUUCAACUACUCACUACCAAAAAUGGGUGCAAACAGGUUCUGUUUUGCGCCAUCAUUUCUCCUCGCGGUUCUGGUGCACUUUGCAGCGUUUUCCGUACUCAUCCACACCACGACAGCACAGAAUAGCAGCGCCGCCAUAAGCAAUCGCCUGGCGUUGCUCGCCAUCAAAUCCAUGAUUAAAGAUGGCCCGCAAGGUGUCAUGACCUCAUGGAACGACUCCAACACUAACUUCUGCCAAUGGGAAGGUGUUACUUGCAACCCCCGCCGCCAAAGAGUCACCCUCUUGGACCUCUCAUCCGGAGGCUUAACCGGUACGUUGUCUCCUUCCAUCGGAAAUCUAAGCUUUCUCAGUGAGAUUAAUCUCUUUAACAACUCACUUUCUGGUGAGAUACCACCUGAAAUUGGCCGUCUCUUUAGACUACAAAAACUACGCCUUCAUAACAACUCUUUCACGGGAAACAUUCCGGCUGCCAUAACGAAUUGUUCCAACCUCCAAGUCCUUCAUUUGGGUAACAAUCUUCUGGUCGGCAAGAUCCCAGAUGAAAUUGGUUCAUUGUCCAUGCUAUACUUCCUUUUUCUUAACACGAAUAGCACAAACAUCCUAGAAGGCGGGAUUCCACCGUCCAUUGCAAAUCUUACAUUGCUCGAGACACUUUCUCUCGGCGAGUGUCAAUUCGGUGGACGCAUUCCCGACAUAUUCCACCGGCUGACUAACUUGAGAAGACUUGCAUUGCCCGGAAACAACCUUGUCGGUACCCUCCCGCCUUCUUUUUAUAAUCUUUCAUCCCUAGAACAAGUAUUUCUAGAUAAUAAUCAACUCACUGGUAGACUACCCGCAAACUUAGGCUCGAUUAUGCCUAAUCUUGCGGUACUUUCUUUGCCAGAUAACCGAUUCACAGGCCCCCUUCCACCAUCCAUUCUCAGUUCCCAACAACUACAAGUCCUAGAUGUAGCUCGAAACAAUUUUUCAGGAAAACUAGCAAUCGCUUCUCGGAAUUUUUGUAAUUUUGUAAUCUUGUCACUAAGUUCUAAUAGUUUUGGAAGUGGGGAAGAUGAUGAAAUGAAGUUUAUAGAUGAUUUGUCAAUUUGCAGAAUACUAGGAGUGUUAGAUCUUGGUAACAACCAGUUACAAGGUUUCCUACCGGAAUCUUUAGGAAAUUUGUCGACUACGCUUUAUAUUUUAAGUGUUGCUUCAAAUCAUUUCUCCGGUGGCCUUCCUUCGUCGGUGGGUAAUCUUUCCGGUCUAACGCUACUAGAUUUGUCAAGUAAUCGAUUCACAGGCACACUUCCGGUGACCAUUGGCAAUCUUGAAAAUCUACAGAGGUUAAAUCUUACGAGUAAUUCUUUCUCAGGGAACAUUCCUGUUUCUUUAGGAAAUCUGGCAUCAAUUACUGAACUCUACCUGACUUUAAACGAAUUUAACGGUAAUAUACCAUCAAGUUUAGGUAACUGUAAAAAGUUACUAAGAUUAAACCUCGAUCGAAAUAACCUUACCGGAAACAUACCUAGGCAACUAUUCGAAUUGUCGUCACUAUCUAGUAUCCUGAAUUUGGGUAAUAACCAAUUAUCGGGACAACUUCCCGUGGAGGUCGGCAAUCUUAAGAACUUAAACGAAAUUAUUCUGGCCAAUAAUCGAUUGUCAGGCAACAUUCCAAGCAGCAUAGGCAGUUGCAGCAGCCUCCAGAAACUUAACAUCAGCAACAACUUCUUUUCGGGAUCUUUUCCAGCAUCAUUGGGAUCUUUACGAGCCCUUGAAAACCUUGAUGCCUCACAUAACAACUUCACUGGGGAAAUCCCGGCUUAUUUUGAAGUAAUGCCUUUAAGAAAUCUCAACAUGUCUUUCAACGAUUUAGAAGGCGAAGUGUCGAGAAAAGGAGUGUUUGCCAAUGCAAGUUCGGUGUCUCUUCUUGGCAACAGUGGGCUUUGUGGCGGCGAACCUGAACUUCAGUUACCCAAGUGCCGAUCUAAUAAGACGAAAAAUAAGUUGAGUCUUGCAGUUAUAUUAGUGAUUGCUUUUGGUUCCGCUCUGAUUUUUGUGGCAAUGGUGUUGUUAUUUUUGUGCUGUCCACGGAAAAAGGAAGUAGAAGAUGAUCCAGAAGAGACUACUUCUGGGGAGCCCCUAAUUCAAGUUUCUUAUGAAACUCUCUACAAAACAACCGACGGGUUUUCCACUAAACACUUAAUCGGUGAAGGAAGCUUUUCAUCUGUAUAUCAAGGGUACCUUGAUACAGACGUUGUGAAUGUGAAUAAUGUUGCUAUCAAAGUACUAAAUCUCCAUCGUCGGGGAGGUUCCAAGAGCUUCAUUUCCGAGUGCGAGGCACUGAGAAAUACCCGACACAGAAACCUAACAAAAGUCAUAACUUGUUGCAGUGGCAUUGACUUCCAAGGCCGUGAAUUCAAAGCCAUAGUUUAUGAAUUCAUGCCAAAUGGAAGUUUAGACAAAUGGUUACAUAACCCCCAAAGUGAGCUCCAUCAACUCAGCCUGAUUCAGAGAGUGUGUAUCGCGCUGGAUGUGGCUUAUGCACUUAAUUAUCUCCAUCAUCAUGCUGGAAAGACUAUUGUGCACUGUGAUUUGAAGCCAAGCAACAUUCUUCUUGAUGAAGAUAUGGUUGCACAUGUCGGAGACUUCGGGCUUUCAAAGAUUCUUCAUUCUGAGUACCAACAGAGAUAUAAUAGCAGCUCGGCUGGAGUUAGAGGAACCAUUGGGUAUGCAGCUCCAGAAUAUGGGGUUGGGAGCAAAGUGUCAAGAAAUGCAGACAUGUACAGUUAUGGGAUCAUGUUGCUGGAGAUGAUGACAUGUAAGAAGCCUACUGACGUCAUGUUUGGAGAAGAGCUCAGCCUACACAACUAUGCUAAGAAAGCCAUGGGUGAUGGUGCACUGGAGAUCGUUGAUCCGGUGCUUCUGAAAGAUGAGAAGAAGACAAGCAACAAGGAAGAAGCAACAGGUUAUACGAAUCAAGAAAGGUGUUUGCGUUUGUUGCUGGAAAUAGGCGUGUCAUGUUCCAUGGAAUCACCACAGUAUAGAAUGGACACGGCUAGUGUUAUCCAAGAGUUACAAUUGAUAAAGGAUGCCAUUUUAGGGACUUCAACUGUUUUCUUAUCUUCUGUUUGAACCUGUGAACUAAACUCAAGUGUGAGAGUUGAUAAUGCGAGUUAUGUUGGGUUUUGGGCCAAUGAGGAAGCCCAACAAUACUUUCUAUGGCCCAAUCUUAUUUUUUGAAGAUGGAUAAAAGAGAAGAAGCAGGGUUCAUUUGGUUAACACUGUUAUGUGCUCAUUUCCUUGGGUGACAAUGAUAUGCAUCAGAAGCUUUACUUUACGGCAGAUGGGAUUUGUAUUAUUUAAUUUUGUAUGAUAUUUAUUUUACUAGUUAUUUUAUUUCCUUUGUUAAGAAAGAGUCAAGUCAAAGUGGUUAGUAAUUUCUGCACUAUUUUAGGAGAACAUGGGUUAAGGAGUAGUGGGUAGUUUGAGUCUUGUUACUAUUUAUAAUUUUCGUUUGUAGUUUGGUUGUUUUUAUGAAUGAAUAAAAUGAAUUAAGUCUGAGUUUCUCUCUAAAUAUUCUUCUAGUUUCCACCUAUUUUCUGUGGAGUUUGACCCACUUUAACGGGUUAUCUAUCAAACCAAGUGGUACACAUCAAUUGGUAUCAGAGCGGUCUUGAUCCACUCUUAUGGACGCUCAAAAAUGGAACGAGUCGUUGGCUCGAAUCGAGUCAAUGCUUGUUGAGAUUAUUGAUUUUCUCAAGAACCGAACUCGGUUACCACCACCAGUUUCCGCCACCGCACUGCCAUCCCCAUCACCCGCUGCUGCCUCACCACCACCGCCAACCAGUGCACUCACACUACCAUCUCCACCAAUUCUAUAACUUUCAACACCCUCAAAACCCACAUCACCAUUUGCAAAGACUCAUUCCCUGAAACUGGCACCCUCACCCAAACCACCUCCAACAAAAGCAGCCCUUAUAGUUGCACCCAAACAAGUACCAACGGCUGGUGUACUCAGCCCUUCCCCAUCUCCGAAUCCAGCAGCAAUACCAUUGAAGAAAGCUUGCCAAUCAUCAACAAUGAAGACGAGAGUGAAAACGAUUAUCGAUGUGGCCAAGAAGCGCGAGUGGUGUCCAUCAUGGCGCUUCACGAAAACUACUCUGAAUGUUACCGGUAGCGUCGAGUGGCGGCCUCCGUGGUAUUUCACCAAGCCUCGCCCGAAGGACACGGGAAGGAUCAUCGAUUGGCGUCCCCCU